AUGGCGAAGGACAACUCGGCCUUCUCCUCCAUCCAUGAGCCCCUGGCGCCCGAAGCCAAGGUCCCGGGGCCCCAGCUCAAGCCGGCAGCCCUGCGGCGCCUGGGCGAGGAGCCCGAGAAGGCGGAGAAGAAGCGGGGUCGCCAGCGGUACGUGGAGAAGGACGGCAAGUGCAACGUCCAGCAUGGCAACGUCCACGAGACCUACCGCUACCUGACGGACAUCUUCACGACGCUGGUGGACCUCAAGUGGCGCUUCAGCCUGCUGGUCUUCAUCCUGGCGUACGCCAGCACCUGGCUGUUCUUCGGCCUCAUCUGGUGGUUCAUCGCCUACUGCCGAGGAGACCUGGACCACCUGGGGGACGACGCCUGGACGCCCUGCGUCAACAACCUCAACGGCUUCGUCUCGGCCUUCCUCUUCUCCAUCGAGACGGAGACCACCAUCGGCUACGGCCACCGGGUCAUCACGGACAAGUGCCCCGAGGGAAUCAUCCUGCUCCUGCUGCAGGCCAUCCUGGGCUCCAUGGUCAACGCCUUCAUGGUGGGCUGCAUGUUUGUCAAGAUCUCGCAGCCCAACAAGAGGGCCGAGACCCUGGUCUUCUCCUCGCACGCCGUGGUCUCCCUGCGCGACGACCGCCUCUGCCUCAUGUUCCGCGUGGGGGACCUGCGCAACUCGCACAUCGUGGAGGCCUCCAUCCGAGCCAAGCUCAUCAAGUCCAAGCAGACCCAGGAAGGGGAGUUCAUCCCCCUCAACCAGACGGACAUCAACGUGGGCUUCGAGACCGGAGACGACCGCCUCUUCCUGGUCUCCCCACUCAUCAUCAGCCAUGAGAUCAACGAACACAGCCCCUUCUGGGAGGUCUCCCGGGAGCAGCUCAAGAAGGACGACUUUGAGAUCGUGGUGAUCCUGGAGGGGAUGGUGGAGGCCACAGGUAGGCGGGGGAGGGCCAGAAGGGAGGGAGGGAGGGAGGGGACCCCCAAAAAUGAUCCAACCCACAAGCCAACUUUUAUAUGGCCACUGGAAACUUUUCUCUCCCAUCAGGACCUGCCCAGGCAAUUGAGAGGACACCUUUCCACAAUGGUUAAUCAAUGUCUGGAUUUUUUCCAAUUUUUAUAGGAUAACAACAACAACAACAACAACAACAACAAUAAUAAUAAUAAUAAUAAUUUUUAUUUAUACCCCGCCCAUCUGGCUGGGCUUCCCCAGCCACUCUGGGCAGCUUCCAACAAAAUAUUAAAAUACAGUAAUGCAUCAGACAUUAAAAGCUUCCCUAAACAAAGUUUCCCUAUUGUACAGUUUUAUGGUUUAUUGCUGUAAACAGCAGAGAGAGAGAGAGAGAGAGAGAGAGAGAGAGAGAUGGUGAGGAUGAUGAUGAUGAUUUUCCUGCCUUCUCACCUGACAGGACUAAAGGCAGCUUACAGACAGAAACAAGAACCACUAAAAACAUAGAAAAAUUGAUUAUUAAAAUACAAUUAAACAUUGAGAGAAUAUAAAACUAUAUACACAUAUGAGCUCUACUAAAACCACACCAUUAAUUGCAAUAAGAACAGCAUGGCACCAGGCCUUAAAAGCAGUCAGUUCCCAAACGCCUGUUAGAACAAGAAGGUUUCCACCUGCCAGUGGAAGGGAAGGACAGCAAGGAGCUUCUCCAGGGAGGUAGCUCCAAAGUUGUCUGGGAGCAGCCACCACCAAGAAGGCCCUGGGAGAACAGGCUGCUGGACUAGAGAGGCCUUGGGCCUGAUCCAGCAUGCUCUUGCAUUCUUAAGGCAGCUUCUCGUGUUCCAAUUGAGCCUCAGCACCUUGCCCAGCGACGCUCCUGCAGGUGAACUCAUGGGAUUGAGCUGGGAUAGAAGGCCCUAGGCCAGGGGUAGGCAACCUAAGGCCCGGGGCCCGAAUGCGGCCCAAUCGCCUUCUAAAUCUAGUCCGCGGAGCAGUGUGUUUUUACAGGAAUAGAAUGUGUCUGUGCUGGUCCCGGGGGGAGGUUACCGUGGGGCGAGGUCUAGGACCUGAGUCGAGGGUCGGCAGACAGUCCUCCAUGGGUGAAGCGGGGUCCACAGCGAGGAGCCAGGCAAGGACAGGAACUCUGGGGGAACCGGACUGGGGGCUGGCCGAAACAGCUCUACAACAACGUUGCUCCCGCCACCUGGGACCGGGCUGACUGGCCUUUAUCUCCUCUGAGGCCAGGGGCGGUCCCGGCCCCCAGGAGACCCACCUCUCCUGGCCUUAAGGCGAGCACUCCUCCUGGGAGAAACCAGUUCCCUCCGCCUCUCUGCCCUGAGCCUCUGCAGUUCAGGAGAGGCCAAAGGGUUACUGGGCCCAGGGGGAGACUCACCUGUAGGCACUGAGUCCUCAACCACCUCCGGAGCCAGAGUGGAUUCACCUGGUGCCUGCUCCUGAGGAUCCGGCACAGGUGCAGGCGCCUCAGAAUCAAGGCCCUGCCCCAGUUCAGCCGGUCCUGGAGGCGGGGACUCCUGUGCAGGCUGGGAUUCCUCCGGUUCAGCCUCUGAAUCGGAUUCCCAGGCCAUCACAGUGUCCUUUUAUUUAAAAUGCAUCUCUGGGUUAUUUGUGGGGCAUAGGAAUUCGUUCAUUUCCCCCCCAAAAAAUAUAGUCUGGCCCCCCACAAGGUCUGAGGGAAAGUGGACCAGCCCACGGCUGAAAAAGGUUUCUGACCCCUGCACUAGGCAGUCCCUAAGCUAGAACUGGGCUCAUGAGUAGAUGGGCAGCCAGAAACUUCCUUAUCCUGAGUCAGAUCAUUGGUCCAUCUAGCUAUGCUUUGCCUGCACUGACUGGCAGUGGCUCUCCUGAGUUUCAGACUCAGGGGUUUCUCCAAGCCCUUCCCAGAGAUGCUGGGGGGAUUGAUCCUGGGACCUUCAGUGCUGGUUCCUACAGGCCUCUCCCCCCCCCAAUAAACCAAGGUUCUAGUCCUCAUGUUUCUGAGUCAGGCUAUAGGUUCUUCUCACAGCACUGAGCUGUGGCUGGUGGUGUGUAAAUGAACCCAGAGUCUCAGGAACUUUCAGGGGGGGGCUUCCCUCUCAGGGGGUCCCCAUCCUUUUCUUCAUCUCCCAGGACCCUCCAGCGUUGACUUCUCUCCCCUUCUCUGCCCUGUGUGCACUUACAUAAGCCUCCUGGUCUGGGGGCUGCUUGCAAAGGCUUCUGGCUCACGGAUGGCGUGCCGGGGGGGGUGUCAGGCUUUGAAGAUCACUGGGCUUGGUUGGGGUGGGCUGGGGGGGAGGGGGGAGACUCAAAGGACCAGCAGACGACCCCCAAUGGUCUGGCUCAAUAUAAGGCAGCUUCCUAUUUAAAUCAGAACCAUGAGGACUAGAACUUUGUUUGUUUUUUAGAUGAAAGCCUCCAUGGCAGAACAGCUGCUCUGCAUGCAGAACGUCCCAGGCGGAAGUGGGGCUGCUUGCUCUUUCUGAAAACCUGGAGGGCCGCUGCUGCCAGUCAGUGCAGACAGUACUGAGCUAGGUUGCUUGUGCUGCUUAAACCCAAGUCAAAGUGUGGGUGUGCUUUGAAAACUGGGGCAAGAGCUCUGCAGUUUCUCUCUUGGCUGCGCAAUUUAGUGGGGCAGUGAAGCCUUUUUCUGUUUAUUAACCUGCUUGGGGCUGUAUAGACGUUCAGUUGGCUAAGGAUUUCUUCCUUUGAUAGCAUUUUCACCUGGUUUAGCUUGGUUUCCCUCUUUAAUGGCCGUCCAAAAGAUGGAAAAGAUUGUUCUGUGGAGCACCCUGAGACCUCUGGGUACAGGGCGGUAUAUAAAUUCAAUAAUAAAUAAAUAAUAAUAAUAGGUGGACCCAACAGUCAGUAUAUAAAUCUAAUAAAUAAGUAACUAAAGAGGGGAGCAUUCCUCAGGCGGCAGCAGUGGGGCAGGCGGGGUGCCUCCUCUUGGCCUUCUGCCGCCUGAGGCAGGUGAUUCAGCUCGCCUCAUGGGUGGGCCGGCUCUGCUCUUUGUGUAUGAAGAAGCUCAGCAGAAGAUGUGACAACUUGACUUAGGCAGGGGUCAGCAAACGUUUUCAGCAGGGUGCUGGUCCCUCAGACCUUGUGGUGGGUCAGACUAUAUUGGGAGGGGGGUGAACGAAUUCCUAUGCCCCACAAAUAACCCAGAGAUGCAUUUUAAACAAAAGCACACAUUCUACUUAUGUAAAAACACGCUGAUUCCUGGACCGUCCACAGGCUGGAUUAAGAAAGUGAUUGGGCCAGAUCUGGCCCCCGGGCCUUAGUUUGCCUACCCAUGACUCAGGGAAACAGCGGGCAGCUCAUGUAAGAUAGAUCCCUGACGCAAUAGGCAGGGAGUUCCAAAGGGUAGCUAAAAAGGUAAAGGGACCCCUGACCGUUAGGUCCAGUCGUGGCCGACUCUGGGGUUGCGGCGCUCAUCUCACUUUACUGGCCGAGGGAGCCGGCGUACAGUUUCUGGGUCAUGUGGCCAGCUUCUGGCGAACCAGAGCAGUGCACGGAAACGCCGUUUACCUUCCCGCCGGAGUGGUACCUCUUUAUCUACUUGCACUUUGACAUGCUUUCAAACUGCUAGGUUGGCAGGAGCAGGGACCCAGCAACGGGAGCUCACCCCGUCAUUGCGGGGAUUCGAACUGCCGACCUUCUGAUCGGCAAGCCCUGGGCUCUGUGGUUUAACCCACAGCACCACCCGCGUCCCUAAAAGGGUAGCUACUGCCAUAUAUAAGAUGGGUUUCAUGCCAGGGCAUUACGCGGCACCAUCUCGGCCGAACGUCCGCCUCCAGCUGAAGGUGGCGUUUGGUGACUCUGCCGUUCUGACUCAGUUUCCCCACUUUCUCUGCUUUGACCCCCCCAGGGAUGACCUGCCAAGCGCGAAGCUCAUACCUGAUGGACGAGGUCCUGUGGGGCCACCGCUUCAUGUCCGUCCUCUCUCUGGAGGACGGCUUCUACGAAGUGGACUACAACAGCUUCCACCAGACCUUCGAGGUGCCCACGCCCAGCUGCAGCGCCCGGGAACUGUCUGAGGCGGCCGCCCGCAUGGAUGCCCACCUCUACUGGUCCAUCCCCAGCCGGCUGGACGAGAAGGUGGAGGAAGGGACCAUCGAGAAAGCAGCAGUGGAAGAGGACGCGGACAAGGAGAGGAAUGGGAACCUCGCCAGUGCCGAGAGCGAGUCCAAGGUCUGAGGGGGCCAUGGGGAGAGGUGGCCGGACCAUGGCAGGGGGCCUCGCUCCAGGCACGCUUCCCAGCGAGGAGGAAGCACUGACAAGCCGCAGAGAGAGCGAGACAACAGGGCAGCUGGCCGGAGAGCGGAAGGCGGAUGUGGGGCUUCAUCGACGGAGCAGAGAAGGGGCCCCGAAAAGGAUUCUUAACGACCCCCUUAAAAACCAGCUGUUCCCCCAAACCUCCAAAUAUCGUCAGACUCCAACGCCCAGCAGCUGGGAUUUUGGACGGAGGGAGCUGUCGUCCGUCGGGGAGGGCCUGGGGUUGGGAAGGUUUGCCUUCGACACCCACACCCUGACGUUUGUAUCUGUACAGCCAGCCAAUAAACCUGGGCAAUAACGAGGAAGGUGGAGUCUUGACUGGGGAUCCUGGAGGUGGUCCAACUUCAUGGGAGAUUCUGGGGCUGGGGGGGGGGCGUCUUUUGCAAGGGGGUGGAGAAAGGAUGGGAGACGGGCCAAGAACCACCCCUAUGAACUCGCCUUCCUUCCUCACAAUCACAGAACUGUCAAUUUGGAAGGGAUUUCUAAGGGUCCUCAACUCCCUGCAAUGCAGGAAUCACAGCUAAACCAUCCCUGACAGAUGGCCAGCCAACCUUCAUUUAAAUAACUUCCAGGGAAGGAGAGCCCACCACCUCCCGAGGAAGCCCAUUCCACAGUCAGACAACUCUUAGCAUCAGAAAAUGAUUCCUAAUAUUUCGUGGGAAUCUCCUGCCUUGGAAGUCCAGCGAGCGACCUGGCCGCUGAAUUCUGCACUGGCUGAAGUGGCU